AUGACCAAGCCACCACUGGAAGCCCCACAGUCUUCUCUGUGGGAAGUGGAGGACAUUUAUUUUGGCUUUUUUUCUAUUGACUCUUCGGACUUCAAUCAAAGCCAACACCCCUUAGGUACUGAUGAAAUGGAUGCUGCAAAAUUGGAAUUGGGGAUCAUCUUCCUCAUUCAGACUGGAGUCGGGAUCCUUGGAAACUCUUCCCUCCUUUGUCUUUACAGCUUCUCUCUGCUCACUGGAUACAAGUGGAGACCCACAGAUGUCAUUCUUAACCAACUCGUCUUAGCCAACUCCUUGGUCCUUUUCUCUAAAGGGAUCCCUCAAACAAUGGCAGCUUUUGGAUUGAAAAAUUUCCUAAAUAGUGCUGGAUGUAAAGUUGUUUUUUAUUAUUAUAGAGUGGGCACAGGUGUUUCCUUUAGUAAUAUUUGCCUCCUAAAUGGCUUCCAGGCCUUUAUGCUUAACCCCAGUAUAUGCAGGCGGAUGGAGCACAAGAUUAGAUCCCCAAAGUUCAUUGGCUUCUGCUGUUCCCUCUGCUGGGUCCUGCAACUCUUGAUAAAUUCAUGCGUACCUAUCUUAGUGAAUAGACCACUGAAUAGUGAAAACUUUACUGUGAAGAAAAGUCAAGGAUACUGUUCCUGGAUAAUGCCAGAGAAAUUUAGUUCACUAUAUACAGUAAUAUAUUUUUCCCCUGGCUUUGUGAUUUUGGGCUUCAUGAUCUGGGCCAGUGGCUCCAUGGUCAUUUUCUUGCACAAGCACAAGCAGCGAGUCCAGUACAUUCACAGCAACAGCCUUUCCAAGCCCAGACGUUCUUAUGAGGCCAGAGCCACAUACACCAUCCUAAUCCUGACGAGCUCAUUUUUUACCUUUAAUUCAAUCUAUACCAUUUUGACUGUUUGGAUGACUCUGGUUGCAAAUCCAGGCCAGUGGAUGGUGAAUAGCUCUGUGCUGGUGGCAUCAUGUUUCCCAACAUUCAGCCCCUUUUUGCUCAUUGUCAAUGACAGCAGAGUUUGUCAGUUCUGCUUUGCUUGCAGGGCAAGGAUAAAUUGUUUUCCUAAUGUAGUUAAGGUAAAGGUUGCUAAGCCAGAGGAGGUGAAGGUCUUAGAGACUCAGGAGAAAAGGUGGAAGGAAAAUGAAAUCCCCAAGUUGGAGGAGGAAGAAGCCUUAGAGCUAGAGGAGGUGUUGAGUAUUCAGCGGGCCACGUACACAGUGGCUGUGCUGCUACUGUGGCAUCAAGCCACGUUUUUGGCAGCCAUGGCUGUGGCAAUGGCUCUGAUGGGCCACCUGCACGCUCCAUCUCGGAUUAGACAGUUUUCCCAAAUGCAUCAAGAAUCCACCCUCACGUGUAGGACAGAGAGUGGGCUGACUCUGGAGCAUCAGCCAACUCUGCUGCUGAGGAAGGAAUUUCUGGAGCUGGACAUUGGUAGUGAGUCUGGCAAACUAGACGGCAUAAAAAUUCCUGGUAGAGGCCACAUGCAUAAGAAUAUGGAGAUAUCUGGGGAUAAUCUCAGAGACUGCAGGUGGCGACGCCAUUACCCAGAGCCCCUCUUGGUGCUUCGACUUUUGCCCGGGCAGCAGGAGCGGGAAGCAGCCUCUGUUACCUCUACGGAGCUGUGGGAACUACAUUACCCAGAAUGCUCUGCUCCGAACGCCAGCGGUGAUGAGCCAAUGAAGGGCCAGGAAAGGGACGUUUCCGCGCAAGUGCAUCACGUUGGGGCGGGGCUUUCGGCGUCCUCCUCUUGGCGGUUAUUUUGGCUUGUUUUAGGUCUGACCACCCAGUCUUGGGUCAAAGCUGAGGCGGUGAGACUCAGAAGGCGCGAGAGGAGCCACUUUUCCCGUGUACAGAGGCGGGUCUGA